GGUUUUAUGAACUAGUCCUCCGAUCAUCUGGCAGCCAGCCAGUUCUCCUACUUAUCCGCCGUUAAUUUAGCGCUUAGAUUUCCAACAGGCGCAGAGAAGAGCUGCGCUUCUCAAUUUCGCUUCAUGGCUCAGCGGGCUGCUCAUCUCGUCCCCGUAGCGGUGCUGGUGUGUGGACUUGUUGGAAUUCUGCUCCUUACUAUUCCCACAAAGGAUGUUCAGGAGGAACCUGGGCUCAGGUAUGGGAUUGUCCUGGAUGCUGGAUCAUCACACACAUCUUUGUACAUAUACAAGUGGCCAGGAAAUAAGCAAAAUGGCACAGCCGUUGUCACCCAGCACAGUAAAUGUCAUGCUGAGGGUGGUGGGAUUGCAAGCUAUGCAGGCCAGCUGGGAGCAGCAGGGAAGAGCUUAGAGGCAUGUCUGGAUCACGCGGUGAAGAACAUCCCGAAAGACAGGCACCAGCUCACACCUGUGUACCUGGGAGCCACAGCUGGCAUGAGGCUUCUGCAUUUAUCUAGUCCAGAGCUGUCUGCUCAGAUUCUGAAGGAAGUGAGCCACAAAAUCCAGUCGUACCCGUUCGACUACCGGGGAGCAGCCAUACUGAGUGGCAAAGAAGAGGGAGCAUAUGGCUGGGUCACAGUUAACUAUCUCUCAGAGAACUUUAUUAAGUAUGGAUUCGAGGGGCACUGGUUCAGCCCCAGCAGACCCACAGUGGGAGCCCUCGAUCUGGGCGGAGCGUCCACACAGAUAACGUUUGCUACUCAGGAAAAAAUCGAGGACACAGACGACCUGAUGAAGCUACGUCUUUAUGGUCACAAGUACACUCUGUACACACACAGCUUCCUGUGCUAUGGGAAGGACCAGUUCCUCAAAAGACUGCUGGCUCAUAUCAUGAAGUCUCAGGGUUACCCCCAAUCUGUCGCUCACCCCUGCUAUCCUGCAGACCACAGCAGGGUGGUGAAGUUGAGCAGUAUACUUGAGUCCCCGUGUACAGCGAAGUACAAACCCAGCUCCUAUGACCCUCAUGCCUCUGUGACAGUACAUGGCACUGGACAUUAUAAACAUUGUCUGGGUAACGUGUCUGGAGUCUUCUCCUUCGAAGGCUGUCCCUUCUCUCAGUGCUCAUUUGACAGAGUCUUCCAACCAAAUGUCACCGGAGGUUUCAUGGCGUUCUCUGCCUUCUUCUAUGUUCACUCCUUCCUUCAGCAAGUCACUGGCAUCACUGCGAGCUCUCCUUUAGAACUAGAGGUUGCAACCAAAAGAGUGUGCAACAUGAGUUUCAGCCAAAUGACUCUUCUCGCUCCAGAGCAGAAGUCUCGUUUGCACUACUACUGUGCUGCCUCUGUGUUCCUCAAUGCUCUCAUGUUGAGAGGAUAUGGCUUCAAUGACACAUCAUUCCCACACAUUUCCUUCCAGAAAAAGGUUGCUGACACCACGGUGGGUUGGGCUCUGGGCUACAUGCUGAGUUUGAGCAAUUUGUUGCCCACAGAGAGACUGGAGCUGAGAAAGGCCCUGACCCCAGGAGUGUGGGGAUCACUCAUCUUUCUUUUUGUUCUGCUCCUCGCUGCAGUCCUAGUUUUCUUCUUAUUCAGAGCUUUUAAUGGGCAGAAGAAAGGAGGCCGUGAAAGCACCAUCUAGCUAAGAAAUAAUGUAGCUGUGUUUUUUAUUUGGCUUUGAACACCUUGAAUCAACAAGAUAUAGGGCUAGAUUUGAUUUGUAAUUUAAGCAUAUUCUGCAUAUAUAAUACCUUGUUUGUUUGUUUUAUACUCAUUACCCCUGUUUUAAACUAAUGCAAAAAAAAAGUUGUGCUAAACAUAGACUGUGGUGUGCUCACUCACUCUAAAGGUUUCAACACUACAUAUAUGUGUUAACUUUAUGUUAACAGUUUGUUGCUGUAACCUAAAAUUGUGCAGUGUUUAUAAAAAUGAAUACAACCACUCUAUUUGUUGAAAAUGUAACCCUGCUUAAAUUUAAGCUAACAGUGAGUACUUUUACUUCAGUCUGAAAAUUGGAGGCACUGUGGAAGUGCCUUAAAAGUGCAUCCUUUUUAAUGGCCACCAGGCAGUGACUGGAAGUCUACCGGAAAACAUCCUUUACUCCAUUACUCUGUG